UGCUGCAUUGGACCGUUUGUUGUACAUAUACCAGCUAUGUGCUUAUCGUUGCCGUAGACCGUUCCGUAACGUAUUACGUAUCAAGCCACGUUACGAAACCGAUACGUACGUCGUGUCGCGACGAAACGUCGAAGAAAAACCCUGAAGAAACGUUGACGUCUAAUUGCGACGUCCGGACGUGGCGACAGUGUCAGAUGGUGUUAGACACCGAGGCUGCAGAUUCACGCAGAUUCCGAGCGGCACCAUCUUGCGUAAAUCCAAAGUCCGAGGAAUCAUUGGGAAUAGCGUGAAAGUGUGUUAUUGCUGUCGACAUCAGCGAUAACCAUGUCGACAACGAGCGACUCUGAGGAGUACUACAGUUUCGUGUUGAAGGAGAACUUCAGUUUCGUGUUGAAGGAGAACUUCAGUCUUUCGGGACAACCUUUUCCGGACAACCAAAAUACUAUCGUUAUUCCGCGCUCGCACAACAUUAACUUGAGGAAUAUGCGGACGGUACUGUGGAAGCAAUUUGGAGUGCCGAGGGACAGACGCAUUUUCUACAUCGACGACGACGGGGACAGAGUUCCAAUCGAUUCGGAAUGCGAGUUUGACGAGGCAUUGAAGCUCGCAAAAAAGGCCUUUAUGUUAAAUGCAGCAAUUCCGUUGAUGGUGGGAUCUAUUAAUAUAUCUACUGAUAUAUCGCGCAAUGACGAGCAAAGUUUCGAAAUGAACGAAAUCCAUUGUUCAAACAAGGAAUCAACAAAUAUCAACGGUAACCCGAUCUUGUCCUUUAAUGAGAAAAGUGACGGUUCUAUGUCUGAACCGAAUCUUGAAUCUGACAAACGGAAGCGUCCAACCCAAAAAGUACUGAAUCAAAAGAAAUUAAAUGUAAAGCACUGUGACAAAUCGAGCGAGGAACAGACAGAAGAGGAAGAGGACAUAAAAGUUCCUCUAAUUCCGAACACUUCCUUACGAUGUCAUUCAGAUAUGGUACCUCCUCCAUGGUUCACGGAAUACAUGGAAACGAUGAAAAAAGAUAUGGUACCUCCUCCAUGGUUCACGGAAUACAUGGAAACGAUGAAAAAAGAUAUGGUGUCUACAAUCAUUAAAAAAGUGGUAGAAAACGUGACAGUGGUGUUAAAUGAACGCUUAGACUCCCUUGCGUAUCUUCCAUUAAAAGAACUAAGUCAAUCUCGAAGUCAAUCGUAUUCUUCUCUCUCAAAACGACAUUCUAAAUGUCCCUUUGAUUCGAACGAAAUGAAUCAAAAGAGGAUGAAAUCUCAGGACGAGGAACAAUCGAGUGAUGCCUCGAUCGAACGUGUGGACGAGCCACAGAACGUAAACAUUUCGGAAGAUCUGCAGACAAAGAAAGAUAUGAUAACUACAAUUAGUCAAGAAGUAGUGAAAGAGAUGACGGAGAUGUUGAACAGAAUGCCCUUGGAUCUCCCUACAUCUGUCCCUUCAAAGAAACACGGUCAAUCCCGAAACCAGUCACAUCUUUCUUCCUCGAAACGAUUUUCUCGAUAUUUCGAUUCACACUCAAGUGAGAAGAAUCAAAGAAAGAUGAGGCCUCAGGACGGAGAGCAGUCAAGCGAUGACGCUUCAAUAGAGCACAUGUAUGAAUCGCGAAACGUGAAUACCGCAGAUGUUUUGCGGCAGAAAAAAUUUGAUCUUAUUGAAGAUGUUAUUUGUGCAAGCUUGAAGGAGGAAAAAAGAAAGAAAAAAUAUCAUCAACGAAUGACUCCAGUAACUACUAAUAACAUAAACAGUGACGGCGGCAAAGAGCAAUCUCGAAAUAAUGCGUGGGAAGAUGUUGUUCCUCGGAAGAACUUGGUUCCUCCACACGUGGACCUACCGUACGAUGAAACUAAAGAGAUGCUCGAGGACGAGCUUCGUAUGAGCUGCUCCGUUACUGGGCACCAAAUAUUGAACGAAGGUCGCCGUAGGGACACCUGGUGCUCUGAUACCGAUAAAACCAGCUUUUGUUCGUGCGAUCAAGAAGAGGAAGACGUAGAUGCUUUUGAGAUUAUCCAGAUGCCUACUUUGGGAAGUAGGGAUGAAUCAUUUACGCAUGUUGAGGCGCCCGCUACCGAGCAACGACGACACGACAGCAAUCGAGAUUCACCUAGCUUCGAACUCUUGUCAGAGUCACCAUCGCCUACACCUACAUGCUAUAUGCACUUCAACGAAGAACAUUUCUCGGCAAACGAAGAAAAUUCUGAGGAGAAAACUUUUAAUUUUUGUGAUUAUGGGGGCUCCACUUAUGUGAUAGAUAUCCAUGGUAGAAUCUACACCGAUUAUCAAUUAGCAAAGCGCAAUUGGCAAACCGUUAACGCUGAUAUGAAAAAACGAAUUGAUAAAGUGUCAAAAAAAAUAUCGCAAACUCUUGAUGAAAAUCCGUUUCUUGACCGUAUCGACUCAGUUCGUGGUCGGGGUCAUUUUACCAAGACUAAGACCGUUCCGUUACUAACAGAGCUAGGUCAGAAUACUCGCUGUUCAAAAUCAUUCCGUCUAGAUCGACUGAACAAAUGGAAUUUUCGAGAUGACGUUGGAUACAAUACUCGUAACAACGCGAGCAGCUCGUACGACGACGUAGAGCGACCGAGCAAAUGGAAUUUUCGAGAUGACGUUGGAUACAAUACCCGUGACAAUGCGAGCAACUCGUACGACGAUGUGAGAAACUCACAUACAAGUUACCUGACUGUACAAACUCACUGCGACUGCGACUUGAAGUUGCAAUCGCAGUGUAAUUGUAAGUCACAAACCGAUUUGAAUGACUUCACACAAAGCUUCCACUCCCACACCACAUCAGUCACCGACACAACCGAUAUCACUGAUAUGGCUUAUGGUAACGAUAGAUAUGACGAGCAAGUGUCGACGGCCAAGAAUGUACGAGAAACAGGUACAGGAACAGCAAAGGCGACAGCGACUUCGAAAAACGAUCACGAUAUGCGUUUCGGUAGUAAUUAUAUGAAGGAAACUUGGACAAAAGAAAGGCAUUACCACGAUGCUAAUAACUAUCCAAAAUAUUUCUGUACCUCACACAAUAAUACUCCGCAAGAACCUUCGAUUGAUCCUCCGUAUCAAUCCGCUCAGUCGAGUGAAUCUUCUGAUAGAUCGAGUUCCAAUGCAGGAUCGAAGAAAACAUUCAUUGGCGAGACGUUGGGCACCGCCGAUCCUGUCCACAUCUUACCAGAAACGCUAGUUAACGCGGCCGCCCAUGUCGGUUCGAUUGCUUAUAACAAUGUACGUGACAAGAUAGACGAAGCACUUGACAAGAUACGAGCACGCAGGAGAGAGGUUCCUGUUAAACGUCGAAGUCUUAAAAACGUAAAACACAACGAUCGAGUUCCGAAGCGCUGCGUUAUCAAUCCUCUGUCUUAAUACUGAUAAAUUACUAUUCACUAUCUUUUGUUCGUAGCUGAUAUUCUAUACAGGAUUACUAAGUAGAUCUAUUAAGCGAUGGGUAAGUACGAGGUUUUACAAAUUCGAAACAGUAUUUUUUAUUUUGAUGCAAUCGAAAUGUAUACGGUGUCUCUCACAUCAAUAUUGAGGUUUCUUAGAUCACGCCAUGAAUAAAGUUAAGUUUGUUAUAAUAAAGUUAAGUUAAUCGACUUAUUGAAAAAUACUACGAAUGUAUAGAAUAUCCAAUCGUGUUAACAGAAAGAAUUUUAACGACAUUGACCCUGUAGAGUGACAAACUAAAAAAAAAUGAUGACAGUUGGAAUACUUUGUACAUACAAGCGAUUCUCAAUUGCGAUAAAUAAAAGUAGAAAAAAAUCCCAUUAAUAAGUCCAGAUAUCGAAUGUGUUUAUUUAUCGGGUGAAAUUAAGAAUCACUUUGUGUAAUAAUAUUUAUAGCGAUAAAUUAUAUUACAUCAUAGGAGAGAGGAGAAUGUUAGAAUUGAUCGUAGAUGUAUAAAAUUAAGGAACUGAAUACAUUUAAAAAAAACGAAUAGAUGAAACUCUCUCUCUCUCUCUGGAAAGAAAAAGAGUGAGAUAAUGCGAAAUAGUUAUAGGUCGUUUGAAAGGGAUAGAUUGUUUGAAAAAAAAGUAUGAAAUUCUUUAUUACAAUCUAUUCGCACAUAAAUAAUAUUAUGGGGCUAGAAACAAAUUGUUUACAUAGAUAAGUUGUCCUUAUCCUACUUGUAUAUUUAUUAAAAUAAAGGAACAAGUUAUUGUAUAAUUUAGGGUUGAAAACUAUUAGUUUACACGGAUUUUGUACGUGCAUCUGAAGAGUGAUUCAGUUCUGUUAAAGGUCACCACUCUGAAUAUUGAUGCAGAAGCUAGAAGGUAUUAUCUGCCAAUAAUUCUCUUUAAUGAAAAAAAAAAUACCCUUCAUGGACUACGUUCAGAUUCCCACCCCAGUGUCAUCCGGAUAUCACUCUAUCGUUGUUUACUGAACGUUAAACAAAGAUGACAUGAUACCCGGGGAGAGCAUUCGGGUAGAAAUUUGAAUACGCCCCAACAUGUGCGUUAAAUCGUAAAAUAACGUAUAUCGAAUUGAUGUUUCGUAAAAUGAUGUUUCGUGAUAAGAUUUAUACACGAUAUAAUCCAUUUACUGCACUUUUGAAAUUCUUGUCUUAUAUGACACGCAUUAUUAUGUUAUACUAGAGCUUGUGGAAAUUUA